GCGUGAUAGCCCGGGUGGGGGACGCGCUGCCUGGCGUGGUCAUCAUCAGAAAGGGCUCCAUACGCGUGGAGGCGUUGAGCGAUGUGAUUGAAAGCAAGGGCGCGGAGAAGAUCCCCGUGGGGGAGCUCUGUGAAGAUGAUACUUUUGGCACUAUUGGCUGCCUGAAGAAGGCCCAGUCCCAGUUCUCCUACCGAGUGGCCUCGAAGUUUCUUAGGGGCAUUCUCCUGCCCGCAUCUGCAGUGGUCCCAAAGCUGGCCCCUGUGCUCAAUGCGGCCUUCCUACCGCAGGAACUUGAGGACGAAGACAGGUUUCAGAUGGUGCUUUUGGAAGAGUUAGCGCGAAGAGUU